GUAAGCUGUAGUAGUUAUUAAGUCUUACCUGAAAUCUGACAUGAGAGCAUCUGUAUGGUGAUAGUAUAACCCAGUUGUAUGAGAAUGCCCAUUGGCAAGCAAGCGUACGCACUGCGGAAUUUGCGAAAACGAAAGGAAACUGAUAAAUCUGCCGCUUAUGCAAGCAAAUAUUUCAAGUCCUAUGAUGCACAAGACAGCAAACCUGAACGAAUCAAUGAAACUUUUUAUGACGAUGACUGCAUUCAAACUGCUAAGUCAAUGCUAGGAAUGACUCUUGCUAGAAAACUUGAAAGUGAAAUUCUCAGGUGUAAGAUUGUUGAAGUAGAAGCUUACAUGUCAAAUGCUGAUAAAGCGUCGCAUUCCUACAACUUUAAACGCACAAAAAGAAAUGAAGCAAUGUUCAUGAAGCCAGGCACUUUAUAUGUCUAUAUGACAUAUGGAAUGUACUACUGCAUGAAUAUAUCAAGCAAAGGUCAUGGAGAUGCAGUUUUAAUACGAGGAGUAGAACCCUUCAAAGGUUUAGAAACGAUGCAGAAAAAUCGCGCCAAAAUAAACAGCAAGCAAAACCAGAUAAAAAAUGUAACAAAUGGGCCGUCAAAGUUAUGCCAGGCACUCAAAAUUACUAAACAGUUGGACAAGAUUGACAUGUCGAACAGUGAUGAAAUAUGGCUGGAAAAAGGAACUUCAGUGGAUGAAAAUGACAUCGUUACCUGUAAAAGAAUAGGCUUGAAAGAAACUACCUCUGGUGACUGGGCAACAAAACCACUCAGAUUUUAUAUAUACGGAAAUAUGUUUGUUAGUGUAAAAGAUAAACUAGAAGAGAAAAUAAAGGAAGAUAAAAGAUAAACUAGAAGAGAAAAUAAAGGAAGAUAAUUUUACUUAAAAAGAGAACACUUAGUCAGUAUAUUAGUAUCAUGUCAGGUUAAAAGCAUCUAUGCACUUGAAGUUCUUCAAUCAAGCAGGAACAAACAGAAAAUUUUCAAGUACCAAGUGUGAUAUAUUUUAAUUGUUAUCAACCAUUGUUUCAAAUUCUCUUUGGUGCGUUUUCUAAUUUAUAGUUAAAACUAAUAUCCCAUGAUUCCAUAGGUUUUAGAAGUCAUCUAGCAAUUUAAUUACAAAGAUCCCAAAUAUUUUUAAACGUAGCAUAUGGAGUUAUUUAAUGUAAAGAACGAGUGAAUGGCCAUUAUUAUUAUUA